CGUGAAUCAAGAUUUAGCUAUUUCUUGUGUAGCAAGUUACUUAAUUAGUCUGAGAGUUAUUGCAAAUGGGAAGUUCAUGUUUACCUCCAGGAUUUCGGUUUCAUCCUACUGAUGAAGAACUCAUCGACUAUUACUUGAAAAGAAAAGUUGAAGGUCUCGAGAUCGAGCUUGAAGUCAUUCCCGUUAUCGAUUUAUAUAAAUUUGAUCCUUGGGAGUUACCAGACAAGUCUUUUCUUCCAAACCGGGACAUGGAAUGGUUCUUCUUCUGCUCAAGGGACAAAAAGUAUCCUAAUGGAUUUCGUACAAACCGAGGAACAAAGGCCGGUUAUUGGAAGGCAACCGGAAAAGACCGAAAAAUUACUUGUCGUUCAUCUUCUACAAUUGGCUAUAGAAAAACCCUAGUUUUCUAUAAAGGUCGUGCCCCGUUGGGUGAUAGAACUAGUUGGCUCAUGCAUGAAUAUCGACUAUGCGAUGAUGAGAAUCCAUCACAAGGAUCACAACAUUUGAAGGGAGCUUUUGUAUUAUGUCGUGUGGCUAAGAAGAAUGAGAUCAAGACUAAUUCAAGAAUCCGGAAAAAUCUAAGUGAACAAACACUUGGAUCAGGAGAAAGUUCAGGUUAUUCAAGUCUAGUGACUUCACCUAGUCGCGAUGAAGCGAUGCCGUUUCACUCAUUUGUCAAUCCGGUUUCUACUGAAUCAGACUCUUCCAACAUUUGGAUUUCACCUGAUUUCAUUCUUGAUUCUUCAAAAGACUAUCCUCAAAUCCAAGAUGCUGCAUCUGAGUACUUUCAAGAUUUUGAUUUUCCGGCCAUCGGUAAUCAAAACAUGGAUUUUCCACCGAGUACCUUGUCCAUGAAUGUAGAUCAGAGCAUGUAUGAAUCUAUGCAAACCAGUUUUUGUGGAUACGAUCAAACCGGUUUAUUCGGUUUUUCAGAUUUCCCCUAGACGGAGGAAUAUCUUUGAAGUCUGAAGUCUCUCCUUAAGACAAAAACGCCUUUUAUCG